GUAAUGUGGAAGCGGCAUUCGGAGGAAUUUAGAGAGUAAAGAUUGUCCCUAAUAAGUUCCAACGGUCUUAGAGAAACGACAACAAGGAGAAGAAUAUACCGGAGAAAUCAGAGCUCAUCAUCCAAAUAUAUAUAUGCAUUCAAUACUGUUAUUUGUUAACUGAAUAUAUAUUUGGUGCUAGCUGUGUAGUGGGAUCAAGCGACUAGCAAUGGAACUGAGCAUCUUGCUGGUCUUAAUUCUCAUAAGCAUGCUUGUAUUUUCAGCUUUCUUCUGGCUACAGUCACGGAUUUCACCAAAAGAAAUGGAGGUAAUCCCAGGUAGCUUGGGUUGGCCAGUUGUUGGCGAAAGUUUCUCUUUCCUAUCCGCGUUUUCUAGUGCAGCUGGUAUAUUCAGCUUCAUGAAAAACAGGCAGCAGAGGUAUGGAAAGGUUUUCAAGACUUUUGUUCUGGGAAGAUUCACUGUAUUCAUGACUGGAAGAGAAGCAAGUAAAAUCUUGUUGACAGGAAAAGAUGGGAUGGUGAGUUUAAACCUCUUUUAUACAGGGAAGCAGGUGCUGGGCCCUACCAGCUUGCUCCAAACCACCGGAGAAGCUCACAAAAGGCUUCGGCGUCUGAUCGGAGAACCCCUGUCAGUAGAUGGCCUAAAAACGUAUUUUCACUUCAUUAACACAGUGGCUAUGGAAACAUUAGACCAAUGGUCUGGACGAACAGUGCUGGUCCUUGAAGAAGCUUCUACAUUCACUCUCAAAGUAAUCGGUAACAUGAUAAUGAGCUUAGAACCCGCUGGAGAAGAGCAGGAAAAGUUUCGAUCAAAUUUCAAAAUCAUUUCUUCUUCAUUUGCAUCACUGCCAUUUAAAAUCCCAGGAACAGCUUAUCAUAACGGUAUCAAGGCUCGGGAUAGGAUGUACGACAUGUUAGACUCAAUAAUCGCAGGGAGGAGAAGUGGCAAAAGCAUCCAACAAGAUUUCCUAGAAUCCCUGAUAAUGAAACAUAGCAAAGCAGAAGGUGGAGAAGAUCAGGAGGACAAACUGACAGACAAACAACUGAAGGAUAAUAUAUUAACUCUGCUAGUUGCAGGUCACGAUACAACAACCGCUGCUCUCACCUGGCUUAUGAAAUUUCUCGAAGAAAAUCCUGCAGUUUUAGAGAAACUCCGAGAAGAGCAUAUAAACAUCCAAUCAAAGAGAACGGAUGGAGCCAGCCUCACAUGGUCCGAAGUUAACAACAUGCCUUAUACUAAUAAAGUAAUCAAUGAAACUCUCAGAAGAGCCACAAUAUUACCUUGGUUUUCAAGAAAAGCUGCCCAGGACUUUGAAAUUGACGGAUAUGAAAUCAAGAAAGGCUGGUCUAUUAACUUGGAUGUUGUUUCCAUCCACCAUGACCCUCAAGUUUUUCCCGACCCAGAAAAGUUUGACCCUUCCAGAUUUGACGCACCCGUAAAGUCUUUCAGCUUUCUUGGAUUUGGUAGUGGACCGCGGAUGUGCCCUGGAAUCAACCUUGCCAGACUAGAAAUCUGUGUCUUCAUACACCACCUGGUCAUAAGAUACAAGUGGAAACCUCUUGAGAAAGAUGACUCUGUCCAGCCAACACUUGUGCGGAUGCCAAGAAACAAGUAUCCAGUUAUUGUUGAGCCACUAUAAACUGUGAAGCAUCUACCUCCUAGGAACAUAUGGAUGGAUAAGAAAGAACAACUUCGAAGCAUUUAUGAGAUAACAAGAAUAAGCAUCGAGAACUUUUUAAACCAAUGUAUUUUCUCUUCAACAAUGAUGUAAUUCAUGAUAACAGGACUCGUUUUGUGUCUUCUGCUGUGCAACAAACUUCAACUUUGCGCUGCCACAAAACACUAUUUUGAACCA